CCGGGCCCGCGCUCCCUCAGGCGCAGCCAUGGCGGCGGCGGCGAUGGCGGCGGUCGUGUCCCGCUGCGGCGGAGCGCCCCGGGCGCUGGCCUUGCGGUGCCGCCGGCUGCACACCGUGUACCAGAGCGCGGAGCUGCCCGAGACACACCAGAUGCUGCGGCAGACGGUCCGGGACUUCGCAGAGAAGGAGCUGAUGCCGCUGGCAGCGCAGCUGGACAAGGAGCAUCGCUUCCCGGCCGAGCAGGUAAAGAAGAUGGGUGCCUUGGGGCUGCUGGCCAUGGACGUGCCAGAGAAGUACAAAGGAGCAGGCCUCGACUACCUGGCCUAUUCCAUCGCUGUGGAGGAGAUCAGCAGGGGCUGCGCCUCCACCGGCGUCAUCGUCAGCGUCAAUAACUCCCUGUAUUUAGGGCCAAUACUCAAGUUUGGCUCUGAAGAGCAGAAGCACCAGUGGAUUGCUCCCUUCACCAGUGGAGAGAAAAUUGGAUGUUUUGCCCUCAGUGAACCAGGAAAUGGCAGCGAUGCAGGUGCAGCCUCCACUGUGGCACGCCUGGAUGGGGACGAGUGGGUUCUGAACGGUACUAAGGCCUGGAUCACCAACGCCUGGGACGCCUCGGCCACAGUGGUGUUUGCUACUACGGAUAAAUCCCUGAAGCACAAGGGCAUUAGUGCAUUCCUGGUUCCCAUGCCAGCAGCUGGGCUGUCACUGGGGAAGAAAGAAGACAAACUGGGAAUCCGAGCCUCUUCCACUGCUAACCUGAUAUUUGAGGACUGCCGGAUACCCAAGGCAAACCUCCUGGGGCAGCCAGGAAUGGGCUUCAAAAUUGCCAUGCAAACUCUGGAUGGAGGAAGGAUUGGUAUUGCCUCACAGGCACUUGGAAUAGCACAGGCAGCUCUGGACUGUGCUGUGGAUUAUGCUGAGAAGAGAAUGGCCUUUGGGUCACCCAUCACAAAGCUUCAGGCAGUGCAGUUCAAGCUGGCAGACAUGGCUGUGGCCUUGGAGGGUGCACGCCUGCUGACCUGGAGAGCUGCUAUGCUGAAGGACAAUGGAAAACCCUUCACUAAGGAAGCGGCAAUGGCCAAACUGGCUGCAUCAGAAGCUGCAACGGCCAUUGCUCAUCAGGCUAUCCAGAUCCUGGGUGGGAUGGGCUAUGUGACAGAGAUGCCGGCGGAGCGGCACUACCGCGACGCUCGGAUCACCGAGAUCUACGAGGGGACCAGUGAGAUCCAGAGACUGGUGAUUGCAGGCCAGCUGCUGAAGGCCUACCGAGGCUGAGGAAGCUGCCUGGAGCAGCACACUGCCCCAAGUGCAUUGUAAUGGUGCACAGUGAUGGAGUUUGACCCUCUUGAAUGAGGCUAUUGAUGGAGGUUUUCCUCACCAAUGAGUACCUGACCCUCUAGUUAAAAUGUGCUGAUUCUUCUUUGGACAAAGUAUGGCACACUGAGGCUGGACUGAGGUUUGUAAGUGUUGGCUGUGAGUGCAGGAGGGAGGAGGCAGCCUGUGCUCAUAGGGCAGCCUGGGGCUUUUGCUAAAUGGGACUGUUGGAAUGGCUUGGUAGUGGGAAAAUGACAGCACUUGCCAGCCAGUGCCUGUUUUGCUGAAUUUAUCACUACAUGGCACUGGAUAACCAGUGCCAGAGUCAGAGAUACUGGGAGCUGUGACCCCUGUGCCCUGCUUCAGGCUGCAGACCAGACUUAGCGGAGUUCAGGUGUGGGCUGCAGCUGUGUGUGAGCUCCUAAUGAGACAGCUUGGGCUGAGGUAAUCCCUGCAGCAGGGCCCUUCUCAUUUCCAGCAGGAGAGGAGCCAGACAGGAGGACAGGGACAACCCACACACAGAGGAAUCUGAGCAGAGACUGUAGUUGCUGUCUGCAUAAAUUUGAAGACAAAAAGAAUUCCUCGAUCUGGGCCAGCAGGGCCCAGCACCUGCUCACUCAGCUGCUCUGGGAUGUAGGGAUAGAAGCAAAGGACAGCAAAGCUGCAGUGCCUAGGACUACUUUUUAAAAAAACCAAAACAAACAAACACCCCCUCUGCUCCCAAAUCUGCUUCUGCAAUAGCAGCAGGAAAGGAAGUGCCUGAUAGGGCAGUAACAGCUUUUAAUCUUGACAUGUUUUGGGCAACGAGGAAAUGAAGAGAUGACACACAAAGCUCACCAGGAAGUUUUAGCAGUUUUAGCACAUCCUCAAUCAGUGAUCAUUGGAAAGACAUUAGGAGCAUCAACAGCCAAAGGAAAAGCUCUAAACUCAGGAGAAGAGGGAGAGGAUUAAGACUAGAGCCUGCAUGGUCCAGUCUGCCUCCUUGUCCAAACAAGUACACUAGAGGGAAAUGGUUAUUUUCCUGUGGUGCCAUUUAUUUCAACUUGUGUGCAGAGAAGAAGAGCAGGAUUCUGUUACACGAGAGAGCAGAGAAGACAAAUAAAACCUGAUUUUAAAGGA